CCUGUAGAAAUUCCAACGAAAGAACUCAACGUUUCUAGUAGAAUGGCAUGCUCCACAAAGUGUUACAAUGACGUCACGUGUACAGGAUUUUUCUACAACGACGACGGCGGCAGAUGUUCUUUGUUCAGCGACAGAUUUCAUUCCUUGACUUUUGUGAACGAGACAGGAACACAUGCAUACGAAGUCAUUCCCGAUGUUUCUUCCGACUGCUAUGACGUCAUUAUGAACGGAAGUGAUAGCAGUGGAGUUUACGCCAUUGUACCACGUGACAACGGCUCACCAAUCAACGUCCCUUGUGAAAUGUCGUCUGAAGAAAGUUGGUUGGUUUUCCAGCGACGGACUGACGGAUCGGUAGAUUUCUAUAGAACCUGGAAUGAAUACAGAGACGGAUUUGGAGAUUUGAAGAAUGAAUUUUGGUUAGGAAACACAAACAUUCAUCUUAUAACUAGCCAGGGUCUCUAUGAUCUGAGAAUUGACUUGGAAGACUUCGAAGGUAACACUGCCUACGCGCUGUAUAAGAACUUCUCCCUGGCUUCAGAGCAGGACUAUUUCAGACUAAGUGUUGGAGAAUACAGCGGGACCGCAGGAGACGGUCUUGGUGGCCACAGUGGCUACAGGUUCUCAACAAGAGAUCUGGACGUGGAUACACAUGAUGCCAGCUGUGCCCAGAAGUACAAAGGAGCCUGGUGGUACACGUCCUGCCACUCCUCAAACCUGAACGGCCAGUAUUUAGGAGGCAGCCACGCUUCGUACGCAGACGGAGUGGAUUGGCGUCCCUGGAAAGGAUACUACUAUUCUCUGAAGAGAACAACGAUGAAGAUCAGACCAAUGCAAUUCUAAAUACUCUAAAAUCAUUUGUUUUUCAUGGGUUUACCUUUUCGUGGUUUUACUAAAAUACACAUAACAUUAAGUACUUAAAUUCGUGGAUAAAAAAGAUAGUAUUUUUCAUACGUAUUAUA